AUGUUUAAUUCUGGAAUAAUAAGAGGCAUUAAUGUUUGUUGUCCAACCCUAAUUUUGGUUGGGGAGGCAGACCUAGCCUUUCUUUUAGAUAAUUCAGUGAUGUUUUGCUCGCAACUAUUUAUUUUGUCACCCAAAGUGGAAAACCCUUGAUUAACCUCCUCAGCUAAUUUAGUUAACCCUGUUGAAUUUUGGUUUACCUUGCGACUCAUGAGUCGAAUAGAGCGGUUUACACCCUCCUCUAAACGUAUUGUUUCACCAAAUACCUGUUCCAGGUCCUGUAUCUUCAGCUGAGCUGUGUUGGAUUUACCUAUUAGUAGUUUCUUGUCAACUACAUUGAUUG